AUGGCUGCUCCACCAGUUCGCUCGACAGUCGACCGACUAGAUCGACCCAGCGCAUACUAUCAGAACAAAGCAAGGCUCGCCCAGGCAAUGCAACGCGACCGCGAUGACGACAGACAAGCCGACUCAGAAUCCCAAUCUCAACCCGAUCCUCUAGCCGACGCCACGACGCUCUACGUCGGCAACCUAUCCUUCUACACGACCGAGGAGCAAGUCUACGAGCUCUUCUCCAAGUGCGGCGAGAUCAAGCGGCUGAUCAUGGGCCUGGACCGGUUUAGCAAGACGCCCUGCGGCUUCUGCUUCGUCGAGUACUACACGCAUCAAGAUGCGCUCGACUGCAUGAAGUACGUGGGCGGCACCAAGCUCGACGAGCGCAUCAUCCGCACCGAUCUUGACCCGGGCUUUGAAGAGGGCCGCCAGUACGGCCGCGGCAGGUCGGGCGGCCAGGUCCGCGACGAGUAUCGCGAAGACUUUGACGAGGGCCGCGGCGGCGUCGGCAGGGCGCUGCAGGGCGAGGAGUAUGGCGAGGAGAGAUAA